UCCCCACUGAAAGAAUACCAUCCUCAAUUAUUAUGUCCGACGUCGCAUUGUCGCCCGCCACCUUUAAAAUGCGUAACCAGUUCGCAGCUUAACGAACCGAGACCGUGGCAUAGCAUAGCAGCAUCGCAGCGUACACAGCGUCAGACAGACUCCUGCCCCGCGAUGACAGGAUCUCGGUGUUGCAUAGUGUAGCAACAACAGACCCUAGCACGCGACCCCGGCCCGCCGCCCACGCCUCUCCGAUAUAACGCCGACCAUGCCGUAGCGGCGUCUGCCAGAGAUAGCCAGAUAUUCACGUCAUGCUCAAGCUCCUUCGGACUCGGCCAUGGGUCUGCAAUAGCUGCCUCCACCGGGUCUCGGCUCUGCGGCCCCGGGCUGGCCUUGGACGCCAGUUGUCCACGGCCCCCGGCGCCGCGGCGACGACGGCGACAGCAACAACUCUCCUCAAUACCACCCCAACCCCAACCCCAGCCGUGCCCGCUGCCCACGGCACCAGCGAAGCGCACGAUGACUCGAUCCUGCGCCAGAUAUUCGACUCGCCCGCUGCUUGGCGCGAGUUCUCGUCGAGGUCGGCCAUGUUCCCCAUCGGGAACGCUGGUCUGUUCCGCAACGCCUACCUCACCAGUCCGGACGGCUUUCUGGCGUUUGCCCAGUCCACCCUGCUCAAGGCCCAUGCCAUAGUAGAGCGCGUCCUCGGCGCAUCUACCAUGGAGGAGUACAAGGGCAUCGUGCGAGACUUGGAUCGUCUGAGCGACCUCCUCUGCCGCGUCAUAGACCUGUGCGACUUUGUGAGGGCCACCCACCCGGACGGCCGCAUCCAGAGGGCCGCCUCGGAUGCCUGGUAUCUGGUGUACCAGUACAUGAACCAGCUCAACACCACCACGGGCCUGAAUGACCAGCUCGGCCGCGCCAUGGCCGACCCGGACGUCACGGCAUCAUGGUCUGACGAAGAGAAGUCGGUGGCCCAGCUACUGAAGCUGGACUUUAUGAAGUCGGCCGUCAACCUCCCCCAGGCCGCCCGCGACCGCUUCGUCCAUCUUUCACAAAAGAUCAGCGAGAUAGGGUCCGAAUUCGUGAACGAAAUGGCCCCUGAGCAGCGUCGGCUGGUCUUGCCAUCGCAAAAGUUCCAUGGUAUGGACCCUCAGGUCGUCCGCAAUUUUUCACGCAAGGGCGUGGUCAGCCUGCCAACCAUGAGCGGCGAAGCGGCCGCGGCCUUGCGCACCGUCCACGAUGAGGAAACCCGGAAGGCCAUCUACUAUGCUAUACGGACGGCGUCGCGCCAUUCGGUAGGCCUCCUCGAGGGCUUGCUAAAGUUCCGUGCCGAACUCGCCGAACUGGCCGGGUUUGAAAGCUACGGCCACAUGGCCCUCCGCGACAGGAUGAUGGCGAAAACCCCCGAGUCGGCCCAGAAGUUUUUGGUUGCUCUGGCUCAGAACAACAGCCCCAAAGUUCUACAGGAGGCCGAACAACUGGCCCAAGAGAAGCGAGCCCAUCUGGGCCAGUCCUUCGCCGCGCUCGAGCCGUGGGAUAGAGACUACUAUAUCAAUCGCGUUGGCGCAUUCUCGGCUCCGCCUGGACCGAGUCGCGAUGACGCACUGUCCAAUUACUUCUCGGUGGGCAGCGUGAUGCAGGGUCUCUCGAGGCUUUUUGGUCGUCUGUAUGGGAUACGGUUCGUGCCGUGCGAGACGCUCCCCGGCGAGAAGUGGCACCCUGAUGUUCGCCGCCUGGAUGUGGUCUCGGACACGGAAGGUCAUGUUGCUGUUUUGUACUGCGACCUCUUCUAUCGCGACGACAAGUCCCCGAACCCAGCCCAUUUUACCAUUCGCUGCUCGCGCGAGAUUGCAGAGAGCGAGAUGGCCGAGGCGGCGGCGGAUCAGCAAACCGAGCACAUGCACGGCCACACAAGCCCCGUGUUUGAAUCACCCGAGAUGGCGGCCAACGAUGGGAUGGCCAUAUCUAGGCUUCCAGGCGGCGUGUUGAAGCAGCUCCCAACGAUUGCGCUAGUGUGCGACUUCCCACAGCGCGAUGAUGGCGGCAUGGGCGGGGAGAGGCCGGCAUUCCUGAGCUUCUCGCAGCUCGAGACGCUCUUCCAUGAGAUGGGCCACGCGAUCCAUUCGGUACUGGCCCGCACGUCGUUCCAGAACGUGGCUGGCACGCGGUGCGCAACAGACCUGGCGGAACUUCCGUCGACGCUGAUGGAGUACUUUGCGGCGGACCCGUCGGUGCUAGCGCUGUUUGCGCGCCACCACGAGACGGGCGAAGCGCUGGACCACGGGCUCGUGGCGGAACGGCUGCAGCGAUCGCAGCGGUUCGAGGGCUGCGGGACCGACUACCAGGUGAUACUGGCCAUGUUGGACCAGGUGUACCACUCGCCCGAGGCCUCGGCGCCGGGCUUCAGCUCGACGGAUGCGUACCACGCGCUGCAGAUGCGGCACAGCAGCCUCGCGCCGGACCCGUCCUCGACGCGCUGGCAGGGCUUCUUUGGACACCUGUUUGGAUACGGCAGCACCUACUACAGCUACCUGUUUGACCAGGUGCUGGCGGAGCGGGCCUGGAAGGUGGUCUUCUCGUCGGGCCGCGGCGGCGCCGCGCUCAGCCGCGAGGCCGGCGAGCACCUCAAGGACAGCCUGCUCAAGUGGGGCGGCAGCCGUGACCCGUGGAGAUGCGUGUCGGACGCGCUGCGGGACGAGCGGAUCGCCGAGGGCGGCGAGGUGGCCAUGGCCCUCGUCGGCAGCUGGGGUACCAGCAAGAAGACGGCCGAUGCCUGAUGGGCCCGUCACUGCUGUCGGCAGCAAAAUGCUCCGAGGUGGGCACCCGGCUCGUAUAAACGACGCACAAAGUACAUAGACAUAGACACGACGGAAAAUAGAAUCGUAUUUGUUGUUAUCCCUGA